AUGCAAAUAGUAAAUUCUGAAGAUGCACCACUUAAGGAUCGAAAAGUACCAAGCCCAUUCUUACUGGGAUUAUUGGGAUUCUAUAUGCUCAUCGCAUUUUUAACCACGGUCAUUGAAGAUGAAUUGCCUUGGGCAAUUGGUGAUCAGGACAUAUCAAGAAACGAUUCUUCAUCAUUCAGUGAGGAGUCUGCAAGGCGAUACUUAACGGAAAUUCUCGGAGACCAGCCCAGGGUGGCUGGAACACAAUAUCAUUAUAACAAGACAUUGGAUCUUAAAGUUAUAUUCGAUGGCAUUGCUAGUAAUUCAACGUUGCCUGUACAUACAGAAUGGCAGCUGGUUAAUGGAGCUUUUUGGAUUGACUUCAGCUCGCCUAUGGUCAAUGUUUAUCAGAAUCUAUCAAAUGUUAUAGCGUUAUUAGAAGGAGACAGCGGUUUUAACAGCGAUGGGACAACUGGCACUUCAAUACUAGUAAAUUGUCAUCACGAUUCAGUGCCUUUUUCCAUAGGUGCAUCUGAUGAUGGUUUGUUUUGUGGUGUGAUGGCUGAAACACUGGAAAAAUUAUCACGUAGGAGCACAAAACUUAAACAUAACGUUAUAUUCCUCGCAAAUGGCGCUGAGGAAAACGCCUUACAGGGUAGCCAUGGAUUUCUGAAACAUCCGUGGUCGAGAGGUGUUAUUGCUGUUGUAAAUCUAGAAGCUGCUGGAAUGAAUGGAAGGCCAAGCGUUUUUCAGGUAACAGACCCAAGAGUGCUAGAAGCAUAUAGAAAAACACAUACACGACCCAUCGCACAAGGUCUUGCGGAAUUCUUAUUUUCUAGUGGUAUUAUACCAUCCGAUACAGAUUUUCGAAUAUGGAGGGAUUUUGGCCACAUUUAUGGAAUAGACAUAGCAUUCAUGAAACAGGGUAACGUCUAUCACACCAGAAACGAUAGGCCGGAGCUCAUUAAAUUCGGUGUCAUACAAAACGCUGGAAAUAUGCUUCUUAAUUUUGUCAGAUAUAUCGCUGACGACAUAAGGUUAGCAGAUAAGCAACCGCAAUCAACAGCAAUAUACUUCGACUAUCUGGGACUUUUUCUAGUUACGUACGAUAAUCUCGCUGCCUUAUUAGUCGAUCUUAUAGUGGGUCUGCUGGGUUUAUCAACGAUUAUAUAUUUUGUAUGGCUCAUUGGUUUUAGAUGGUCAACUGUUUGGGAACUGCUAUGGUCAGUGCUUGGUCGUUUGUUAAGUAUGGUGGGUGGCAUCGCGGGUGUUGCUAUAUUUAUGGGCAUCAUGCUUGUCGGCUCACCACAAAUGAGAUAUUUAUCGUCACAUUGGCUUGUGGCACCAUUUUAUUGGAUACCUUAUUUAGUAAUAUCAGUGGGAGUCUCACAUGGGUUCGAUUUCUGGAGGACUAAAACGAAUGGCCUGAACCCCUCAAUUCGCACAUCACAAGCUAUGUCCGCGACCCGACUGCUAAUGUCUUCAACGCUGCUAAUUUUAUGUUGCAUCCCGUCUGUGACCAACGUGCGCUAUUUAUUCACCACCCCUCUUCUCUGGAUGUCGGCUUCAAGCGUGGUUACAAUGUCUGUUAUACGCCAGUGGAGCUUAAAAGCAUGGCAACAUCUUCUUUUAGAAACUCUCAUAAGCUUACCCUCCGUCAUGUUUGCCUUCUCAAUAGCAGCUAGGUUGAACUGUUUCCUUAUUCCGAUAAUGGGCCGAUCAGGUCUCGACUAUCCGGACCUUCCAGUUGCGGGUAUUAAUAUCGCCCUUGCAGUUUACUUUGCGUCUACAAUUUCUGGCAUCGAACUUCUGUUCUCACGAAGAUGGCUGUGGAUAGUUUUAAACGGGGUGCUAGUGGUGUGCAUUAUUUUAAUGUUCAUCCCCUUUAGUCCGUAUAGUGAUGUAAAUGUUACUCAGAGGCAUUACUGGUUUCACACACAAAUAACAUCGUACAAAGCAAAUCUAGCGCCAAUACAAAGCAUAUCAGGAGUACAAAUAGUUAAAGUGGACGCUCACAACGUACAGACAGCUCUGUCAGCGAUUAGAAACAGUCCGCUUUAUGUACAAGACGAUGACCCUAUCGAAAUAGCCAGCCAGCUUAACGAAUCAGCGACCCAAUAUAACGAAACUGCCAGUCAACUUAAGGAAACAGCUAGUGAACACAACGUAACGCUACGGAUAAGAGAGAGUGAUUUAAAUAUUUUAAACGAUGACUGUGAAAACUUGCUUCAUUGCAAUAUGCCGUCGUAUAGACCGGGAUUUGAUAGAUUUAUAAAGGGCAGUUUAUUCGUGAAGAUGUCACCGCCAACGCGUUUUGACCAUUCGCUUCAUUUAGUAAGACGCUCAUGCGCUUCUGUUUCGUGCACGCUCAGUUUUGAAAUGAAUGGACCAGCCCACAACACCAUCACAAUUUGGCUGCGGCAGAAUAUCACUCUCAUGAGCUGGUCUCUUCGUACUCCAAUCCGGAAAACCACGCUGGUAGAAGACAGACCGGUUUAUACUAUUAUACAUUCUACAGCUACAUAUAGCGACACCUUUAAACCACUCGAAUUCACUUUGAGCUUGACUGUACCAGAAUCACUCCAGUCAGGUGAGCUAGUGGACAUUUCCCAUCACGCCCACAAGAUCCAUCACCCAGAAGAAUUCACAGAGGAGUACAGACAGCUGCUAAGAGUUAUGCCUGAAUACGCUAAUGUAGCAACAUUUUUGAGCUACAGGAGCAAUUAUAUAUUCUAA